CCCUAACAAUUGGGUGAUGUAAACUGUUUGUUGUUGUGCGAGUUUGACCUCCAUAGGCUAAUUCCAUCUACUAUUGCCAUAUUAUAUCGAUGUAGCAAUCUGGACCGUUCAAUCCCCGGAUCUGACGGCAUCGGGAGGGGAAGAAUCCAGAGUCGUCACCCAACAGUCCGAGAUGCCGCCAUCUCCCGCCGCCGUCGACCUCCCCCGCGCGCUUUGCGCCGCCGUCAUCAAAUCCACCUUCCGGCCGCACCUCCACCACCCACUCCUCGCCGCUGACCCGUCCCUUCUCACCGUCGUCCUGCACCGCCUCUCCCCGCUCCCUUCCUCGGCGCUCGCCUUCUUCCGCGCGCUGCCGCCGCCGCUCCCGCUCGACGCCUCCCUCGAGCUCAUCCGCCUCCUCGCCCCGCACCCGCGCCACCACCCCGCCGCCCGCGCCCUCCUCCGUGACCUCUCCCUCCGCCACCCGCUCUCCUCCCCGCUCCUCCUCCCUUCCCUCCUCGCUGAUGAUCCACACGUCCCGAGCUGGCUCCUCCUCGCCCUCUCCCACUCCUCACGUCCCCACGACGCCGUCCGGGUGUUCGAACACAUGCGCGCGCGCGGCCUCGCCCCCGACGCCCACGCCUGCACCGCGCUCCUCACCGCACUCGCUAGGUCCCGGAUGACGGCCACCGCGCGCAGGGUGUUCGACGAAAUGGCGCGGGCCGGGGUCGCCAUGAACACGCACGUCUACAACGCUAUGCUGCACGUGUGCUUGAAGGCCGGGGACGCCGAGCGCGCGGAGGCGCUCAUGACCAGGAUGGACGCGAAAGGCGUGCCCUUGGAUCGGUUCUCCUUUAACACCAUCAUUGCGCUCUACUGCAGGAAGGGGAUGCGGUACGAGGCAAUGUGUGUGCGGGAACGGAUGGACAAGGAGGGGAUACAGGCGGACACUGUGACAUGGAACUCCUUGAUCCAUGGGUUGUGCAAGGACGGCAGGGUGAAGGAGGCGGCUCAGCUUCUUACAGAAAUGGUGGCGGCAGGGGUGGCGCCAGACCUCGUGACGUACACCACGCUGAUUGAUGGGUACUGCCGGGCGGGCAAUAUUGAAAAGGCGCUCAAACUGCGAGGGGAGAUGGAGGCGAGGGGGAUGCUCCCGGGUGUCGCGACUUACAAUGCCAUUCUGAGGAAGCUCUGUGAGGAUGGCAACCUGAAGGAGGUCAAUCGAUUGCUUAACGAGAUGGAUGAGAGGAAGUUGCAGGCUGAUCACGUAACAUGCAACACGCUGAUCAAUGCGUACUGCAAGAGAGGGGACAUGACCUCAGCUUGCAAGGUGAAGAGGAAGAUGGUGGAAUCUGGGCUGCAGCUGAAUCAGUUCACUUACAAGGCUCUCAUCCAUGGAUUCUGCAAGGCCAAGGAGCUGGAUGAAGCCAAGGAAGCCUUGUUUCAGAUGGUGGAUGCAGGAUUUUCACCCAAUUAUAGCGUAUUCUCGUGGCUUGUGGAUGGUUUGUGCAAGAAGAAUAAUGCAGAUGCAGUGCUACUCAUUCCCGAUGAACUUAUGAAGAGAGGUUUUCCUGCAGAUAAAGCAGUAUAUAGGUCUCUAAUUCGAAGGCUUUGCAGAAAAGGGUUGGUUGAGCAGGCGCAAAAGGUGUUUAACCAAAUGCAAGGCAAAGGUUUAGUAGGUGACAGUCUUGUAUACGCCACGCUUGCAUAUGCAUAUCUGAGCGGAGGAAAGGCAGUUGCCGCGUCGGAUACCUUGGAUGGCAUGGCGAAGAAGCACUUGUACGUAACGGCUCAGAUCUACAACUGCCUGUGUAGCUCUUACGCAGAUGACAAGGAAACCCUCAGUAUCCUGUGGGUUCGAGCUAUUGAGAGAGGCCUUGUCACAAAAAGUGUGUACAGACUGAUGCACCAAGCAAGGCUGAAAUCAACGAAUACUGCAGUUGAGACUGGGGGAUAUGCAAUUGCUUCUGUUUCGUAGAAUUUGUAGCUAUAGCCAAUUCCAUUUCUUCUGUCAUAUUUUCUUGUUAUUGUUGUUGUCGUAGUAGUUGUAGUAGUGUUGGCGGUUCCUUCAUGAUUGUACUACUUUGUUGAAUGUUGAGAGA